AUGGCUUUUGCAGCUAAUGUUCAAGUCCGCCUGCACACAGUCCCUGUGGACACAAUUCCACUUCUUUGUUCUCUUGAGAGAAAAAAAUUGGCCCUGAAAUAUCACCCUGACAAGAACCCUGACAAUCCAGAGGCUGCCGAAAAAUUUAAGGAGAUUAACAAUGCUCAUGCAACACUGACUGAUCUCUCCAAGAGAAACAUAUAUGACAAGUAUGGAUCCUUGGGGCUCUACGUGGCAGAACAGUUCGGGGAGGAAAAUGUUAACACGUAUUUCAUGCUCUCUAGCUGGUGGGCAAAGGGUCUGUUUGCAGUCUGUGGCCUCCUGACAGGCUGCUACCUCUGCUGCUGCCUCUGCUGCUGCUUCAACUGCUGCUGUGGAAAGUGCAAACCCAAAGCACCCGAAGGGGAAGAACAGGAGUUCUUUGUGUCUCCAGAAGACUUGGAAGAGCAAAUUAAGAACGACAUGGAAAGAGAUGGAGAAACUCCUAUUGUGCUUCAGCCGACAAAUGCAACUGAAAAGACGCAGCUCAUAGGGGACAGCCAUCGGAGCUACCGCACAGACUCCUAG